UUCAGCAAGUGCACUGCAGGCCAGCAGUUGCUCCAUGAUGUGGGGAGUCGCGUUCAUUUUUUUCUAUGUCCAGGCCAAAGUGAUGUCACAUGAAAUUAAAGUGGAGUGUCGUGAAUUUCAUAAUUUCCCUCCAACCAAUGAUACCUCUCCAUCUCUCCUGGGAGCUCUGAAAGUGGAGCAGGUGACAGUGGGACAACAAGAUAUGCUGAACAUCAGCUGGGCAAUCAGCAUUGAUGCUAGCAUUGAACAUCUGAUGGGCACGUUGAUCAAGACGGGGGAAUCCUCGUACCUCUGCAAAUACAAGCCACAUUUAGCCAGAGCAAACAUCACUGCAUCAAAGCAGCAAUGGUUUCAUCAUUUAGUAAAAGCAAGCUAUGGCUCCAUUCUCAUCCAAGCUACCAAUCUCCCUUUGCCUCCACUGGGGAGUGGCCCCUCUUAUAAGUAUGAAAGGAUUAUGGUAUCUCUUCCAAUACAGAGUGUUACACUAAAGUCUACUCAAGUUCCUACAGAUUUCACUCUGGUUGAGAUCACUACUUCACCUUUGAGAACAGAACGUGUCACUGGAAUCAUUUUUGGAGGAUUGAUCGGUUUGAUGAUCCUUAGUUUCUGCUACAUAAUUUAUAAAAGCUGUGGUGCCAACAUUGCCAAAUCAUUUGGUUUCAAAAGUUUACCACAAUCUCCCACGCUUCCUGUCCCUGUGCUGUUGGUGUACCCUGCUGAGAACUCGGCCUUCCAGCGGGCCGUGGUGACCCUGGCAGAGUUCCUGCAGUGGCACGGCGGUUGUAACGUUGCUAUCGACAUGUGGCAGCAGGGUAAAAUUGCAGAACUGGGGCCAAUGCGCUGGCUGGCAGAACAGGCCAAGACUGCAGAGCGAGUGCUCAUCAUCUGCCCACAGCCCUCUUCACAGCCCAGCCACUCUCCUCCCGACUGCAGCCUCCCAGAACCCUCAAUCCCGGCUGCAGCUCAUGACCUUUACCCCCUCAUCCUCAACAUGGUGGCUGGCCACGCAAAGAGUGCCAGUGACCUGGGUAAAUUCUGGGUUGUUCAGCUGGCCAAGCAGAGCAACAAAAGGCCUAGUAACGUGUCGCUGGAACUGAGGGCCUGCAAGACGUUUUGUUUGAUGAAGGAUUUGAAGAAACUGUGCAGGAGACUUCACACUCACAGGAGGGACGAGAAGAAGAUAUCAGAUCUGAUCUUCAGACCAGGGAUUUCCUACAGUGAAAAGAGCACAGUGGAGUUAAGAGAAGCUGUAGAAAAGCAUUUCCAGAAAGGUGGAACUACUGGGAAUUGUGGUCACCUCUGUUUGAACACCUGUAAUGAGAAUAUUUAGAUUGAUAUGGACAAUGGAUCAGAAUACUUUUUAUUAGUGAAUAGCCAAUUCUCCCAUUAUUCUUACUCUUUUGCAAAAUGUAAAAGAAUGUAUAUUUUGUUUUUUACAGAUGACAGACCUAUGCUUAUUUUAGUUAUCAAAACUUCUGUUUAGACACAGCAACAUGUUUCAUUUUAUUUAGUUUUCUAGUGGUGUAGAAACCCGCCUCAAACACACAUUGAUAGUUGUUCAUCUGUUGUCAUCAUCAGGUACAAAUUGUAAACAGCCUCAAGGCUGGUGAACGCCACCUCAAAGAAAGAAACGGGCAACAAAGAGGUUGUGUUGUUGCUAUUUUGUAUAAAAGAGUCAAGAAAUGUA